AUGUCGACAACCUUAUCCUCAGGCAAGCAACACGCUCGCCAUAGUUCGAGCUAUGCAAAGAGCCGACCUGCUCCGAUGCCGGGCUCGCCCAUGAGGAGGUCUCACAGUGACCAAGUGGUGGAAGAGAGCAGUGCUCUGCCCAUAACUGAGAACCCUCAAGCUGCUAGUCGUCCUCGAGCAAGCUCUGCUUCCAGCCAACCUACAGCAAAGACCCCUGCGCGAUCUUUCUAUGUCCGCUCCUUCCAUGGCCAGCUAGACCCGGCUCACUAUUCCUCCUCUGCCGGCCUGAGAGACCAGACGGCCGAGUUGGCCGCGUUCGCUCUCUCCGACAACGCCUCAUUUCUGGGGAGCUCUCCACCGAGUUCAACAGCAUCCUCUGACGAUGGCUACCCGGAUGUCAUUGAGGAGGUCUCGGAGCCCGUGACCCCAGAGGGCUCAGAGGAAGAUCACCCGGGUGACCCGGCUGUCUCCGGCCUCACUGCUAUGAUACAAGACUCAUCCGGCAAACAAGAGGAGGAGCAUACGUCCAAGACCGAUACUAGUCCUAGGAAGAAACUGAACGAUCCAACCUCAUCGAACAUGUUGGAAUCUACACACGCAGACGAGCGUACAGCCUUGCUCACCGAACGAAAGGCAGACACUAUCCAGUAUGGGCGCGUUACGGACAUUGAACGCCAGAACGAUACAGACAGGCAGGGUGUGGGUGUCCGCCAGAAGCUCAGAACUUCUGUCGACAAGUUGCACUCGUGCGGCUACGUCCUCUCUCACCCUAAGACCUGGAGCGCGCGUACGAUCUACCGCGAAGCCGUUGUGCACCCGGUCAGUCUACUCCCAGCUGUCUUUCUGGGUUUGCUCCUGAACAUCCUUGAUGCCUUGUCCUACGGCAUGAUUUUAUUCCCCUUGGGUAACGACCUAUUCGAUGGGCUCGGUUCCGAUGGCAUUGCCAUGUUCUAUGUCAGCACCAUCGUGGCUCAGGUGGUCUACUCAUCCGGGGGUUCGGUCUUCCGAGGAGGCAUCGGGUCUGAAAUGAUUGAGGUUGUCCCGUUUUUCCACAAGAUGGCUUUCACGAUCCUUCACAAAGUGGGGGAGGAGAAUUCCAAGUCUGUACUGGCUACUACGAUACUAUCCUUCGCGAUUAGUGCCAUUCUGACUGGGGUGGUCUUCUUCCUCAUGGGGGCUUGCAAGCUGGGUUUGUUGGUCAGCUUCUUCCCCCGACAUAUUCUGAUCGGCUGCAUUGGCGGUGUUGGCUGGUUUCUUGUCGCUACAGGCGUGGAGGUCGCUGCUCGGCUACCCGGCAAUCUGGAGUAUAACCUCGCGACUCUCAAGCAACUAGUCCGAGACGACACCAUUGCUCUCUGGACGAUUCCCUUGGCCCUCGCGGUCUCCCUACACAUUGUGCAACGCUUUGUGAAGUCAAAUAUGUUGGUUGGUGGCUAUUUUGUGGCGGUUGCUGCCGUCUUUUACUUUUUCAAAUUCGCCUUGGGUAUCUCGAUGGAGACGAUGCAUUCCGGAGGUUGGGUUUUUGAUCCUCCACCCUCCGGUCAUCCAUGGUAUCACUUCUACACGCUUUACGAUUUCAAGGUGGUGCAUUGGGGGGCCCUUGCAGAUACGAUCCCUACCAUGUUUGCCCUGACAUUCUUCGGCAUCUUACAUGUGCCGAUCAAUGUGCCUGCUCUCGGUGUGUCCACUGGUGAGGACAACCUGAACGUCAACCGGGAGCUGGUGGCCCACGGCAUCUCCAACUGCGUGAGUGGCCUAUUCGGAAGUGUCCAGAAUUAUCUUGUGUACACGAACAGUCUUCUGUUCAUGGAUAGCGGUGGAAAUGACCGACUUGCUGGGCUUUUGCUGGCAGGUUGCACCUUCGGUCUUCUCCUAGCCGGACCGACCAUCAUCGGCUACAUCCCUAUUAUGGUGGUUGGAGCUUUGAUUUUCCUCCUCGGCAUCGAGCUUCUCGAGGAAGCACUUGUCGGAACGUGGGGCAAAGUGCACAAGCUCGAGUAUGCCACCAUUGUCAUCAUUGUGGUCACGAUGGGAGCAUGGGAUUUCGUGGUAGGCAUCUUUGUGGGCAUCGUGCUUGCUGCCCUCAGCUUCGUCCUCGAAACGUCCCGACGCUCAGCGAUCAGAGCCACAUACUCGGGCGAUAUCGCCAAGUCCCUGGUCAGGCGACCACCGGUACAGCUGAAGUUUUUGAGGGAAACCGGACAACAAAUCUUCCUGAUCAAGCUAUCUGGCUUUUUGUUCUUUGGCACGAUUGUGGGUGUCGAAAACCGAAUUCGAGCACUUCUCGCCGAGGAUGCCUUCCGAACCAGGCCUCUCAGAUUUCUCGUGUUGGAUAUGGCUCAAAUCAAUGGCAUUGACUAUUCGGCCGCUGAGGCGUUCACCAGGAUUGACCGCCUCCUAAAAACGCGUGGAGUGGAGCUUGUUAUCUGCAGUCUGGACGUCGACGGCGAGGUUGGACAAGCUCUCCGUGGCGUUGGCCUGUUUGCGGAGGAUGCCAAUGUCGAGAUAUUUCCCGACCUCAAUGUUGCUCUGGAACACUGCGAGAACAAGCUGUUGACCGCCCUGUAUCGCCAACAAGAGCACCGACGGACGAAGCGGAUAGCGUCACACCUCGAUGUGCCACGAGGUCGACCUCAAGAGCUGUCCUCAUCAUACAAGGCAGAGUUCAUGGGCAGCUCCCCAAGGCGGAACCAUCUUCAUCAGGUCGCGCAAAGCACCCUCGAUGAAGACCGAUCUAGCAUGGCCAAGUGGCAGACAUUUAAGCAACCGCUGCCCUUGAUGUUGCAGAUCUUUGCCGAGGUCUCGGACAAGAACGAGGAUUUCUGGUACCGUGCGGCGAAAUAUUUCGAAAGGAUAGUUUACCCCAAGGGCUGCGUCUUGUUCACCGUCGGGGAUCAACCGAAUGGGUUUUUCCUGCUCGAAGAAGGCCUUUUACGCUGCGACUACGACUGGCCGCAGGGCAGAUACACUGAAUUGAUUGUGGCAGGACGCCCCUGCGGUGAGCUCCCAUUUUUCUCGCAGACUCCGCGCACUGCGACGAUGGUUGCCGAGAAAGAUAGCAUCACGUGGCGAUUGGAUACGAAGAGCUGGCACGAAAUGCAGGUACACGAUCCAGACGUGGCACAAGAACUGCUCGUGAUCAGCCUCAGACUUACGAAAGAGCGGAUGGACGCUGUCACGUCAUACAUUCUGACAACAGCAGGCUGA